AUGGUGGACAAGGAUUGGGUGCAUCUUUGCAGAGCUGAUCCUGCGUAUGAGAGAGGGGCUACAAAUUUUGUUCGAGCUGUGUCUGCGGAUAUGGGAGACGUUGAUUUGAUUGUAUGUCCUUGCAUUGAUUGCCGUAAUAUUGAUCGGCAUGCUGGCAGUAUAGUAGUUGAUCAUCUGGUAACAAGAGGAAUGGAUGAAUCAUAUAAGAUGCAGUCUGAUUGGUAUCAUCAUGGAGAAUUGAAUCCAGUGGUUGAUGGUGAAAGCAAUCAAAGUCAGUGGAGUGAUGAGAUUUUUGGGUUAUAUCAAGCGGCUGAAUAUCUGGAUGAGGAGUUUGCUAAUACGGAUGAGUUGAGUCAGAUUGCAGAGGGUGAGAAUUUGAAAGAAGAUGAGUUGCUUGCAAAGCUUGCGGAUGCUGAUACACCAUUAUAUCCAUCAUGUGUCAACCACAGCAAGCUGUCAGCUAUUGUAUCACUGUUCAGACUAAAAACACAGAAUGGCUGGUCUGACAAGAGCUUCAAUGAUCUGUUGGAGACAUUGCCAGAGAUGUUACCAGAAGACAAUGUGCUGCACACAUCACUAUAUGAGGUGAAGAAAUUUUUGAAAUCCUUUGAUAUGGGUUACCAGAAGAUUCAUGUAUGUGUCAAUGAUUGCAUCCUAUUCAUAAAAAAGUACCAGACGCUUGAGAACUGUCCUAAAUGCAAGGCUUCAAGAUGGAAGACUAACAUGCAUACUGGAGAAGUAAAGAAAGGUGCCUUUCAUAAAGUAUUACGGUACUUCCCCAUAAUCUCAUGCUUUAAGAGAAUGUUUAGGUCUGUCAAUAUGGCUAAGGAUUUAAGGUGGCACUUUAAUAACAAGAGUAGCGAUGGAAAACUCCGCCACCAUGUGGAUUCAGUCACAUGGGAUCAGAUGAAUGCUAAAUAUCCUUCAUUUGCAUCUGAAGAAAGAAAUGUGAGGCUUGGACUUUCCACUGGUGGAUUUAAUCCAUUCAACAUGAAGAAUACCAUGUAUAGUUGCUGGCCUGUUAUGUUAGUAAACUACAAUCUGCCACCUGACUUAUGCAUGAAAAAGGAGAACAUCAUGCGUACAUUGUUAAUUCCUGGUCCACAACAGCCGGGUAAUAAUAUAGAUGUCUACUUAGAACCACUUAUUGAGGAUCUACAACAUAUGUGGAAUGAUGGGGAGUUAACAUAUGAUGCUGUUAGUAAAUCAACUUUUACUCUUAAGGCGAUGCUGCUAUGGACGAUUAGUGAUUUUCCUGCAUAUGGGAAUCUUGCAGGCUGCAAAGUAAAGGGUAAAAUGGGAUGUCCUUUAUGUGGGAAAAAUACAGACAGUAUGUGGUUGAAGUUCAGUAGAAAACAUGUCUACAUGUGCCAUAGAAAGGGUCUGCCACCAACACAUAGUUUUCGCUGGAAGAAGUUUUGGUUUGAUGGAAAAGCUGAACAUGGGAGAAAGAAAAGAUCUGCAUGUAAGAGGAAAAGGAUGGCAUCAACUGGAUUGGGUUCUGAUAGUGAGGAUUUAUCUAGUGAAUCUGAGGAAGAUGAAGAGGAAGAGAUAGACGAGGAGGAGAUAUCAAGAUGGAAGAAACGGUCAAUCUUUUUCAGACUACCUUAUUGGGAGGAGCUACCCGUAAGACAUAACCUUGAUGUAAUGCAUGUGGAGAGAAAUGUGGCUGUGAGUAUAGUAUCGACAUUGUUGCAUUGUGGGAAAUCUAAGGAUGGUCUUAAUGCUCGCAAAGAUCUGGAGGUCCUUGGUAUUAGGAAGGAAUUGCAUCCUAAAACACAAGGAAAAAGAACAUACUUACCUGCAGCAGUUUGGUCUUUGUCCAAGGGAGAGAAAAAGAUUUUUUGUAGGCGACUUUUUUAUUUCAAAGGCCCAGAUGGAUACUGCUCAAACAUAUCAAGAGGCGUAUCAUUACAAGACUGUAAGGUCACAGGUCUGAAAUCCCAUGAUUAUCACGUGAUAAUGCAACAACUUCUUCCAAUUGCACUUAGAGGUUUGUUACCCAAAGGUCCGAGGGUAGCAAUUGUACGCUUAUGCGCAUUCUUCAAUCAGUUGUGUCAGCGAGUAAUUGAUAGGGAUCAGAUAUUGGCAAUGGAAGCUGAGAUUGUUGAAACUCUUUGCAUGUUUGAAAGAUAUUUUCCUCCAACUUUCUUCGAUAUCAUGGUGCAUUUGACGGUACAUCUAGGACGUGAAGCUCGGCUAGGUGGUCCAGUUCAUUUUAGAUGGAUGUACCCAUUUGAGAGGUAUAUGAAAGUUCUUAAAGACUAUGUGAGAAACACUGCAAGACCAGAGGGGUGUAUUGCUGAAUGCUACCUUUCAGAAGAAUGCAUCCGGUUUUGUAGUGAAUUUUUGAAAAAGACUACAAAUGUUCAAGAAAAGAUGGAUAGAAACACUGACUUUGAGAACAACACGAUUCUGGAAGGACGUCCAAUAUCUGCAGGCACUCCAAUCACUCUUACUGAAGCGGAGAAGAAAAUAGCCCAUAUGACUGUCAUACAAAAUAUGGUUUUUGUUGAUCCUUAUGUUGAGUCUAGUGCAAAGGACACUUCACAAGUGAUGGAUUUGGUAUCUUACUAUGGGAGAGUAACUGACAUUAUAUUGUUGGACUAUAAUGUCUUUUACGUCCCUCUCUUCCAUUGUCAAUGGGCAGUAAGGGGAAAUGGAGUUAAGGGAUCCAUACUAGCCUCUCAAGCUAAGCAAGUGUUUUACUCAAGGGAAAAUGAGUCAUCGAGUUGGUAUGUGGCUAUGAGAGGUCCUUCAAGAAGAUACACUCAGAAAGAAUAUGAAGAUGGAAUAGCAGACAUUAGGCCAUUGCCACCAGAUAUUGACGUUGGUGUUGACUUGGAUGAAUCUGAAAAUGAGCGAACAGAUUGUGAAGGAAUAUAUGUGUGA